CAGUCACCUGCCGGCUCAACGGUAAACGGUGGCAAAGUGUGUCCGUCCAUAUCUCUAGAGUUUGGUCGUUUGGUGCUGGAAAGUGUUUUCGAGUAUUUAUUGUGUUGUAUUGUAGCAUUAAGUAGUUGUUGAAACUCUUCGGGAGUCCGUGAUAAAUUAGAAACAGUUUACGAUGUGGUCGUCGUUGAAAAGUGCGGUAGUGCUGCUUGCGCUGUUCGGGGCCUGUCUAGGAGUGCCCCGUGAUGGCUACGGUCCCGGAAAGCAGGACUGGGGCUUCGUCGAAGUCCGGAAGGGAGCGCACAUGUUCUGGUGGCUGUACUACACCACUGCCGAGGUGGAACAGUUCACCGAUCGUCCGCUGCUGAUCUGGCUCCAGGGUGGCCCCGGAGCUUCUUCCAUGUAUGGCAACUUCGAGGAACUGGGUCCGCUGACUCUGGAGGGUGAACUACGGAAUCAUACUUGGGUCAAAAACUACAACGUCCUGUUCAUCGACAACCCGGUCGGAACGGGCUUCAGCUACGUCGAGAAUACUUCCCUACUGACGAAGGACAACGCCCAGAUUGCCGACGAUCUGCUCACCUUCACCAAGGAGUUCUAUCGGCUGAAUCCGGAGUUCAUGAUCACUCCGCUGCACAUCUACGCCGAAAGUUACGGAGGAAAGAUGGCUCCGGAGUUUGCCUGGGUUUUGGACAAGGCCAUCAAAAACGGAGAGCUGGAUAUCCAGCUGGAAUCGAUUGGAAUCGUUGCGCCGUGGGUGUCACCCAUCGAUUCGGUUCUGUCGUGGGGAGAGUUCCUGCUCAAUAUGGGAUUCGUGGAUACGAAAGGGUACCGGGAGAUUCAGGCGGCUGCUAUUCAAACCGAGCAUACGUUGAACGAAGGCCGAUACGAGGAUGCCACUUGGCAGUGGGGUCGAACGGAGGAGGUUAUCGUCAGAGAAACGCUGGGUAUCGAUUUCUACAAUGUGCUGUUUGCGCAGGACUUCAGGGCGACGCAAUCCCGACUGGCAAUGUUUGCCAAGGACAUGAAACAGGCCACCCUGGAAAGCGCUGUUCGUCUGGCUACCGAAGAUCGUGACCAAAUGUUGGAAGAUUUGAUGCGUGGUCCAGUCGCUUCAACGCUACAACUACCGGAGGAAUCCGUUUACAAUCGACAAGGAGGAGCCGUGUUCCAAAGCAUGGCCGGUGACUUCAUGAAACCGGCAAUGCAUGUGAUGGAGCUGCUACUGAACAGCACCAGCUUGGAGGUGGCCGUCAUCACCGGACAGUUGGAUCUGAUCGUUGCCACCGCUGGCAAUGUGGUGUGGUUGGAAAAACUCCAAUGGGAAGGCCGUAACGGCUAUCUAGCUGCGCCUCGGAAUGGAAUCGGUCCACUGGGAACCCUCGAAGGUUACGAGAAGACUUACGGGCGGUUGCAUAUGUACUGGGCUCUGCGAGCUGGACACAUGGUGCCCGCCGAUAACCCUGUUCUGAUGGACUAUAUUCUUAAGAAGCACGCCGGUUUCCCUGAAGACUAACCUCAUUAAAAAUAGGACAUGUAAUAAAUAAAUGAACAUUUCUGCUGACCAUUGUCAA